GACAAGGCGGGACACUGACGUUGUUGGGACGUUCAACCAAUAGGCAGUACAGGGAGGAGGGGUGUGAGGCCCGAUCGCACGAUAGAUACCGAGAAAGUUGGUGUGAGGUUAGAGGAGAGAGCGACUAUCUGACAAAAAAAAAAGCAGGAUCGAGGGGUGGAGAGAACGAAAAGUAUUGUGCGGUUUACAGGCACCGAUGAGUGCCACACAUUGUGGUUCUGGUGAGUUGGACUUCAGGCUCAUAUUCGAAGAGGCUACGGCGCAGCCUUUGGGAUCGACAGAUCUUGAGCCUGAUGACAGUGCAUCAUUUUAUAUCUUCAAUGUAGACCAGCCCUUAUCGGCAGCAAGCCAGCCCAUUUGUCUCCCAUGGCAUGGUCCUCAAUCUCACCGCUCAGCUUGCACUACCACCUCCUGCUUUCAAGGCUUCGAAACCUUUGAUGGCACUAAUGAAGUCCAGGAACCUAAGUAUGAUCCUUCAGGAGGACCAAAGCAAUUUGAAUGUCCUAGCAUUCAGAUUACAUCAAUAUCUCCUAACUGCCACCAAGAUACUGAAAACACACAACAACUGCAAAAAGGUGACCUUGAAAAUGAUUUAGCUGAAAGGCCUUCCCGCGGCCACCUCCAUCUCCAACUUGAACCCUCUUAUAGGGAGCCGUCUUUAAGUCCAAGCCCUGGGAGUAGCAUAUCUUCCAGAAGCUGGUUCUCGGAUGCUUCUUCUUGUGAAUCAGUUUCCCACAUCUAUGAUGAUGUUGAGUCUGAACUGAAUGAGGCAGCAGCACGUUUCAGCCUGUACUCGCCACUGACAUCUCCCAGCUGCUCUCCUAGAGGUUUUGUUAAUGAUGAUGCAUGGCAAUCGUUUGGCUAUGGUGCUUCUCUAUCACCAAGACAGUUUCCAUGCCACUCUCCUAGAACUAGCAUUACUGAUGAAAACUGGCUUAGCCCCCGGCCUACUUCAAGACCUUCAUCAAGGCCGUCAUCUCCUUAUGGCAAGAGACGACACUCCAGUGCAGAUAUCUGUUAUCAAAGUUCUCCCCAUCACUCCCCGACGCCAUCGCCUAUCCUUUCUCCUAGGGGAAGUGUUUCAGAAGAUACAUGGAAUAGUUUUUCUCACAAUGCAGCUAAUAGUGUGUCUCCCUCUCAGUGCUUCCAGGAAACGGAUAUUCCUCCCAAAACACGGAAGACUUCUGAAGAUCAAAGUGCCACAUUGCUAGGAAAGCUUGAUCUUUGUAUUGAGGAACAGGGAAAUGUAUCGCCAACCCUUGAAACACCUUCUGAGGAUAGUACUGGUUCACCACUUUCACUCAGAAAAGACUCUUUCACUGAUAAUUUUUUGUCAGUUCCAUCCCAUUUUACAUGGAAUAAACCAAAAUCUGGGCACACACCUUUAUUUCGGACAUCCUCUCUGCCUUCAUUAGACUGGCCUUUACCCAGCCAUUAUGGACAGUGGGAACUAAAGGUAGAGGUUGAGCCAAAGACGCAUCAUCGAGCACAUUAUGAGACGGAAGGUAGUCGUGGAGCUGUCAAAGCUGCUACUGGUGGUCAUCCAGUUGUGAAGUUGCUAGGUUACACCGAAAAAUUUGUAAAUCUACAGAUGUUUAUUGGAACAGCUGAUGACCGUUACCUGAGGCCUCAUGCGUUUUACCAGGUGCAUAGAAUCACUGGAAAGACCGUAGCUACCGUUAGCCAAGAAAUUAUCCUAGCUAGCACCAAAGUCUUGGAAAUGCCACUGUUACCAGAAAACAACAUGUGCGCCAGUAUUGAUUGUGCUGGUAUUCUAAAGCUGCGAAAUUCUGAUAUUGAACUGCGCAAGGGGGAGACUGACAUUGGCAGGAAGAAUACUCGUGUGCGUCUGGUCUUUAGAGCACAUAUACCCCAACCCAAUGGAAAAGUUCUGUCCUUACAAACUGCCUCUAUACCCAUUGAAUGUUCCCAACGAUCUGCUCAGGAGUUACCUCAAGUGGACAAAUAUAACAUCAAUACCUGCUCAGUAACAGGUGGAGCCAAGAUGAUUAUCACAGGAUCCAACAUCCUUCCUGAAUCAAAAGUAGUUUUUGUUGAGAAAGGCCAAGAUGGACGUCCACAGUGGGAAGCAGAAGCAAAUAUUGUAGCUGAGAAGAGAGAAAUGGUUGAAGUUGUUGUGGAAAUUCCCCCUUACCAUAAAAGAUCAAUUGUAGCCGCAGUCGAGGUUCAGUUUUAUCUCUGCAAUGGUAAAAGGAAAAGAAGCCAGUCCCAGAAGUUUACCUACACACCAGUUUUGCAGAAAGGAAAAGGCACCAAAGAAGAUAAUCUGCCAUCUGUGUCUGAUGCACCCCCGCCCCAUGUGAUUAGUGUUCCUAACCAACAUUUUCUGCAAUCCAAUAUGCCUUGUACUGGUCACAGAUAUAACCAUGAGAAUAUCAUGUCCUCUUUGGAACAGGGUCUUGGAUGCCCUUCUCAAACAGCAUACUCAGCCCUGAUGAACCAGAGAGUUCCAGACCUUUCACAAGGGAGAAGCAUUAAUGGGAGAUCAGAAUGCCUAUCUUCAACAUUGCAGCAGUUAUAUAAUUUAUCUGCUUCUGCUACUAGAUCUUCAGAUGUGUCUAUGCAGUCUAAUGUAAUGUACGGUGGACAAUCAAGUCCUGCUCUUCAGUUUGCUACUGCCCAGGAGUAUGAUCCCUUGCAUUUUCAACAGAAAAUGGCUGUACCUCAGCAGCUCAGCCUUAGCCAUCACUCCGUGGCAAUUACAAAGUUCCGUGCCUCCACCACAAUUCCUUCAUCCUCAUCACCUUCCAUUUCUGAACCAUCGGUCAAUGUAAUGCAAUCACCACAGCUUCAACAGAUCAGUUACCACUGUCCAAACACUGGGCAAAAUACCAUCACUUCAACAAAUCAAUUGACUGUGCAUUCACCACCUCAGGUUACAUCUGUUUUUCACCGCCUUACAAAACCUUGCCCUACCUCUUCCCCAACUGGUGCUGCUUCCACUUCAUUAACAUGCUUACCUGUGUCUAGUUCAUCCAAUCCUCAGCUGCAAAAAAUGCAGUUCAAACCUCCCACUUUAGGUGUAGCAGCUUCAUCACAAACACUCAACCCCAUGGCUCAUUCUGGACAACUUUCUGCUCAAACGCAUAGACUUGGACUGAGUAGGCUUCCCUGCCCUGUCACUCUUGGGCACCAUGCAGUUCAGAACUCUUCUUCAUUCCAUCCUGACAACUCACUUUCUGAGGAGCCUGAGAAUGAUGGUGAUUUGCAUUUCCAGACUGUUGGUUUGCAGGACAUCACUCUGGAUGAUGUAAAUGAGAUCAUAGGACGUGAUAUGUCACAUGGAAUCACAAGGCCACUUCAAGAAUGUCAGGAGUCCAGUAUACCAGAUAUGGACUAAAAUUCACUGUGGGAAAGGAAAUAAAAACAAAAGAUGAUG